CAACAUGGCUGACACAGGUGCCUCUCGUGACAGAUGAUUUUGACGAAAAAGGAGGCUUAAUCAACUUUUGGCUCUUAUUAAUGGUCGCUUACACGAACUGUGUUCUGAAAUUUUAUCACGGGGAACGAACUGUUUGCUUAAUUUGUCCAUGAUUUCUAAGUAUUUGCAAAAUUUACAUAGCAACUGAUCAGAAGCACCUGUUUAUUUUCUAUUGUCAACAAGAAAUGUGUCGUCUGUUGCCAAAGACACACGGAUGAACGAUAAGUGUCAUUGUUGAUGUCUGAUGUGAACUUUCUAUAACAUCACAUAACCGAUGGGGAACGCUUGUUCUUGCAUAAGAGGCCGAGGAGAGCCCAAAAAGAAAAUUACAUUAGCUAUUUUAGGAAUUGAUGGAGCAGGCAAAACGACUAUUAGCAAGGCCCUGAUUGGAGAUGAAUUAGAUCUAGAGGUAGCCCCAACUGUUGGCUUCAACACAGAUUCGUUUACUUUUAACAAAUAUGAGCUGACGUUAUAUGAUAUUGGUGGCGGUAAAAAUGUACGCAGAAUCUGGACGCAUUACUUCCAUGAGAUCUACGGUGUUAUAUAUGUGGUGGACUCUACUGCCACCAAAAGAAUUUCAGAGAUCCAGGAAAAUCUCAAAAAUCUACUGGAGCAUCCACAAGUGACCGGAAAGCCACUCCUCCUAUUAGCCAACAAAUCUGAUCUCAAAGAUGCCAUGGAAUCUAUAGAUGUAUGUGAGAAGAUACACCUUGAGGAGCAAGUCAAUAAACACAAGUGUCCAUCUAGAAUUGAAUCUACGUCUGCUGUGAAAGGUACAGGUAAAAAAGUUGAUCCCAAGCUAAAGGAGGGGUUGAAAUGGUUAUGUGGGAUGAUUGAACAUAACUGGGACCAAUACACAGAGCGAGUAAACCGGGACAUGGAAGUGCAGCGGGUGCGGGAUGAAGAGGAGAAAGCUAUCCGCCGUGAACGUGUUCGCAAAAUUAAGGAGGAGAGAGAGAAAGCAGAGAAGGCUGAAAGAAAAAGACUUGGGAUAGAAGAACCUAAUGAUGAUGAUGAAGACGAGGAUACAGGGGACCCAUUCAAACCCAUUGGAGCUAAGAAACCCGAAACAAAGAAGCGAAAUGAGGAGAGGGUGCAGGCGCAAAAAAGUCUUAAUUUGGCAGGUCCACUAUGGGAGCUGGAGACAGAAAGUGGUGGAAGGAGACGAUCAAGAAAAAAAGAAUCCAGCGAAAAGGAAGAUGAUUCAGAUGAUGUGGAUUCUGAUGAUCUUGCAGUCAACCGAUCAUACCGUUCACCUAGACGAUUUAACUUAUCCAACGGAGACGCUGGAGAAAGUAAUUACGAUAAGUAUGAUGAAAAACGGAAUCGGCUAAAACAAACUCAUUUAGCUUCACAUAUGGAUGAAAAUGAAGACAGUGAUGUAGACAUUUAUACACGUGGUCACAAACUUACGCCAAGGUUACCUCCCCUUCAACGUCCUCUAGGUGCAAAAUUCAUGGAUGAGACAAUAGGAACUUCUAAGAAAAAGAAAUCUAAAAAGCAGAAACUUAGAGCUGUGGAAGAAAUAGAUGAUGAAACUGAGGAUCAUUACAAAAAAUCUGUUGGCUCCUUAUCAAAAAUCAGUUUUUCAGCUAGAGGAAAUAAUUUAAGGCAAGUGGAAGAUGAUGAAGAAGAGAGUGAGGAUAGUAGUUUGCGUGCUAAAAGGGCCUAUGGAAGCAGGCAAAUUGUCGCUGGUUAUGAUAAUUUAUCAUUUUCACAACGCGAAAAGCAUGAAGAUUCUUUAUACCGCAACAACAGAAAUUCCAGAAGCAAUAAACCUGAUGAUUCACUUUACAAUAAUGGUGCAGAUUCAAGAUUCGGAAACCGAAAUAACCUCUAUAGCAACAACACACAACUUGGAAAUUACAGAGGACUGGGCUCUAGGUUUGAGGAUCAAAAUGAUUAUAACGAUGCCUCAUUGAGGUCCAGAUUUGGUGUACAAGAUUCUCGGUAUAGCAAUCGGAAUGGUGACCUAGGCACAGAAGAUUCAGAUGCUCCAGUAUCACAGAAGAAGAAAGGGAAAAAGAAGAAGGGAAAGAACAAAAAUUCACAGGAUUUUUCUAGGACUGUAGUUGAUCCAGAUGAGAAUAAUGAAAGUGAUGAGAGGGAGAGGUCAAUUGCAAAACUGGGAUCAUAUCGUCUGUCUUCCCUGGAUGGAGAAGAUGCUGACAAAGACACACCUGUUCGUCGCCUGAAAAAGAAACAGCCCUACACUGUUAAGAAGAAUAAGACAUUCCCAUCUGACAACUCUGAUGAAGAUGUGCCGGACACCAAGAAGCGUGAUUUCUCUUGGACCAUGUCUCCAAAGAGAACAAAACCUGAAGAGGGACACAGUUCUCCUGUCCACAUAUCCAGGACAAACUGGGGACUAGCUGAAGAUUUGUCUGAUGAAUUGUCCGAGGGUCCAUCAGAUGAUGACAGAGCCUACAGUAAUUUCAGGAUGAGACGUUCCAAACCUAACAUGGACGACGAUGAUGACAUUGUGUACUAAUUUUUGUAGAGAAGUUUAAGAUCGGAUGCUGAGUGCACAUGUUAUGGAUAGUAGAGAUUAGGGUCUGAUAUUUGAUUUGUGAGUUUGAAGUCCUACACUGGUGUCCGAUAAAUCAUAAUGUAUGCAUUGACAUGAUGCAAUGUCGUUGUGAAAAGUAAGGUUAGAGAGAAUAGUAUUAAAAUGUUGAAUAGGUCGAAAUGGUGGUCUGAUACAUAUAUAAUACAUAUGUACUAGUAUACUAAAGUCCUCUCAGUGUGAAAUGUCUUGUAGAUGUGACAUGUGUACUCAAUACUGAUGCUUCAGAAAUCCCAGAUAGUCCCAGAUUUUGAAGGCAUUACAUGUUUGUGUACUUGUUAAUGCCAUAGAUUCGUUGUUAUAAGUAAUACUCAAAAUAUUUUGGAGUGAAGUUUUUUAGACAUGGACAUUUUGUGAUUCAGAUUGUCUGCGUUGAAGAGUGCUUGAAUUAUUUUGAGAUAAGUAUAGUAGAAUAUCUGUAAAACUGGUAUGCUUUUUGCAUGGUUUGUUUUGCUGUGCGUACACGGUAUAAUCAGAAACCUAUUACAACAGCCGUCCUAAAAUUUUAACAGUUCCUUGAAAUGUUAAAAAUUUAUAUGAACCUUGAUACAUUAACUGAUUGUAAAACAAUGUCAUAUUGCCACCAUUGGUCAGUAAAAUCUUGAAUUGCCACCAUUGGUUCAGGAAAACCUUGUUUUACUGCAUCGACUCUCAGUAAAAUUUCGUUAAACUGUCAUAAUAAAAGCGACAGUAUGUCAAGGGAAGAUUCAUUAAACAUAAAAGUAAGAAAAGACAAUGAAAAAUAGUUAUUGAGAUAAAAGUUAAAUGGAAGUGCAUCUUCACCUGUUGGACUACAAGGUUGCUUAACAAAUAGGAACAAAGUAACCGUGUGAUGUUGUUUUUGAAAUUUGACGAAAAAUGGUAUCAACCAGUUGUUAACCAGGCUCUAUCUCUCAGAAUAAUUAAAAAGAUCUGGAAGUAAAUAAUGUAUAAAUAUCUCCCAACUUGAUCAUAAAAAUGUCAUAAAAAUAUUGUAUCCAUCAGCUCUGUCGGUGGCAAAGAGAUUCAGGGGAGGUAACCUUGAAGUUGGAACGUUUAGUGGUAACAGAGACACAUUAGAAAGCUGAAAUGACUGCAUUCCUUUUGCCUCAGUAUUGGUUCAAAAGGACAUUCUCCAAGAUGAACCCAAUUUUCUUCUGUUUUUUGUUAUAUACAUCAACCUGAAGUAACAAUGAUGCCAACAAAUGCCUACAUCUUAACAUGUGUGUAUAAGCCACUGGUGUCAAUAUUUUAUCCUCUUUAUAUGUGAAGCAUAAAAGAAAAUCAGUGUAUUUCUACAAUAAAAGGUGCCAAAUCACACGCAAAUAUGAUAAGGACACCAUGGAUAUAUUUAUGUAUGCUAUGUUUUUUGUAAGGUGGAAAUUCAUGUUGUUUUUUGCUGCCAGACCUGUUUUUAUAAACAAACAUAAUAUUUUGUGUAAACCGGUAGUUUAUGUCUCCCAUUAUAGGUCCUCUGACCAGAAUUUACAGUUCUGCUUGUAGAAUUUAGUGGAAACUUCAAACAGCUCCAACAUCACACUGCUGAAAUUAAGAAAUGUUCAACAUAUCACACAGAACAUUUUGUUGAAAUUAAAUUCUACUUAGUAUGUGUAUCUCUCGUUUAUUUGGAACUAGUUUCAUUCAUAAAUUUUAUUAAGAUAUCACUUUGAAUUAUCAUUUUUGUAACCAUGGUUACUGGAAAUUUUUUUUUCUUAAUGCUUAUAGAUUGCAGUAAGUAAUGAUAACAGAAAGAAGCCUAUAGUAUGGUAUACUGCAGUACUGCGGUCACCUUAGGCUAUGAUGGCUGAUGUCUGACCCAUUCCACUUUGGAUAAAACAAAUUUAACGAAGAUCUGUUGUCACAGAUCUGAAACUUAAGCUGCCAAUUGUUGUUACUAUAUGUCUUUAAUUCUGUUCUUUUUUUUUUUUAGUGCUUAAAGCAAAGUUGAGUAUAUACAAUGUACACUUGUAUUAUACUCGGCUUGUGUUUGAGGAAACAUUUGUUAUUUUACACACUUAGUUAAAAUAUCUAGAAUUUUAAAUCUGUUCAGAUUCACUCUUUUCAACACAUCAUGUAUCAUGUUUUGUAUCAUAACAGGUAUUACCGUAUUUAACCAAAUAAGUGCACUGUGUUAAAAAAACCCACAAAAUUCACAUACCUUUAUGUAAAAAACAAUCUUCAGUUAAAAGACUGAAAAUGAUGUUGGCAUAUCUGGGAGGUUAGGAACUUUUCAUGUUUUAAUUAACUCACCCAUCCUGCCAGGCUGGUGCACUUAUCAGGUCGAAUACGAUAUUUAGAUUUUUAUUUUACUCUGUGCAAUGUUUUAUUUUUAAUCCUGUUUUAUUCCAAGAAUCCCAUGAAUGUUUAAACUAGUAAUUUGGGAUUGAUUGUUUCUUGUAAAAGAAAUGUUUUUGUAUUGUUUGUUGUGAAUUAAUUUAUAAUUUUUUGUAUUGUAUGUUCCAGCAUUUUGUUCUGAACAGAAAUUUUGAGUGCAAGAAAUUGACAGCAAGUGAAUUAUGUGAUCUGUAAAAUACUAUUUGAUUUGAGCUAAUAUAAUUUUGUAAAAUGAAUGCUUAUUUUGUCUGCCUAAAAUGGUCAAACAGCAUUCUGUAUUUUGUACAAACCAUCUUGUGUUAGCAGAAGUGUCAUUACUCCAGAAAAGAUAUUUUGGUUUAGUAAACAAGGCUAUAUUGCCAUUCUAUAAAAAUGACAUUGUACAACAAUAUAACACUACAGCGAUGUCUUAAUACACCGUGGUGUGCUUAGUUGUGUCCAAUCAGUGGUUUCAAGGCAUUAAAUACAUUUGUUAAUGAGUUUCUGAAGUUAUAAACAUCAUCACACACGUAAUCAUGUAAUGCUGAAUUUGUUUUUGUGGGUUUUUUUUUUAUGCUGAAUUUGUUUGUUGUAUUUCAAUGUUGUCUGAAAUGUGACGUCUGUCAAAUUGAAUAAUAAUUUUGAUAAAAACAUUACUGUUUUUUGAAAAAAUUUCAGCAAUUGUGAUGUUAAUAAGCAAUUGUGAUGUUGUAAUCAGCGAUUGUGACGUUGUAAUCGGCGAUCGUGAUGUUGUAAACGAUCGUGAAGUUGUACUCAAUGUUACCGUAAAUAUCUUGUAAUAAGCCCAGAGGGCAACACAUGCAAAACAAUGAAAUACUUUUUUGGCAUUUUGAACUGAGCUUCAAUAAUUGGGGGUAUAUACAUACAUAAUGAAAUUCUGAGUUGAGAACAUAUUUGUGUAUAUGUUUAAUGAUGUUUAUAAAUUAUUUGCUAACAGUAAUGUUAUUAUAGGCAUAAGUGAACAUAGAAAUCUUUAGUUAAAUAGAGAGUUUUGUAAAUAUUGUUUUAAACAGAUUCGGUAUCAUGUUAGACUAGCAGAUGAAAAUGAUAUGAAAUGUACAUGUAACAAGUUCGAUAAUUUUUUAUGACAAUAGUGGUAAUGCCCCUAGUGACGUUACAUUAUUAAUAUUUGUGCAUUUGAUGUCAGAUAUUGUAAUGUAGAUGUUUUAUAGUGUUGCAGUGUCACACAAUGAUGUUUUGUUGUGUUGUUUUGCUUUUUUGACCUUGCAGAAAACAAGUUGGCAAGUUGUGUUCUUAUUACUCAGGAAUUUGAGAUCGUUCAUUUAAAAUUGAAUCUUCUUUCCUUUUUUUUAUCAUUUGUAUUUGGUUUAUCAUCUUUUAAAUUUUGUUAUUGAACGUUUUUUUGUUUAUUUUUUUACAUUUGACCAUGAAAUUAACAUAUUUUAGAUUCAUGUAAUUAAUUGUCCAAUUGCUCCAUUAAUAUUCAUGUUUUGAUUAUAAUCGUGAAACUUGUCUAAUGACAAGGGAUCAUUUAUUCACUUGGUGCAGUGACAUUAAGUCUAUAUAAGAAACCUGUCAUAUUUGGAUCUAGCCAGAUUUCUGUAAAGUCAGGUUUUGUUGAACAUAGUUUCAAUCAUUAACGAAAUAAUAUGUUUUGAAAAAACAGAAAAAUCAUUUCAAAGAAAGCUUGGUAUAUUUAAAUGGUUUUGAAAAGAUCUUUUUAUAAACAGAUUUUACACUGGUGUAGGUACCAGUAUGCUAAUUGAAUACCUAAUGAUGUUUUUUUUUGUGUUGGCUCAAAAUACCAGGUAAUUGUUACAUGUACCGUGAUUUAUCAUUUAGUAAUUUUGUGAUAUUAUGUGUUGUUUAAGGAUGUUAUAUUUUGUAUAAUUACAGCACAAACAGAUGUACACUUGUAAUACUAAGUAUUACAGACAGAAAUUAUAAAAAACUGUACAUUUUUUUUUCAACUGCAAUGUGUAAUAAAAUAAAAAUGUACAAUAUAUGUAUUUACUCAUGCUAGCAGUAAAAUCAAAUCAUUAUCCUAUCAUCCAAUUGCAAGGGAGUUUAUUUUUAAAUACCUAGAUAAAUUGUGCUAUGAUUUGCAAUUAUUUAUCAGAAAUGAUUAACUGUAUAGGGAAUGUGUGCCUAACUGUUUGUGAAGUGAGGAUAUUAAAUCCUCUCUAUUGUUAUAGAUUGUAUAUACACCAUUGUCUUAACUUAUUGUCUAUUCCGUCCAGGCCAUGUAGCGGUUUUAUAUUAUACUCUAUACUUCAGGGUAUAUCUUUUCACUGUAUAUCUAUGUAUAAAGACUGUAGAGGAUACUUGGUAACUACCAGAAUACCAUAUCAGACAAUUGUAUUACAUUUUUGUCUAUUACUCUGAUAGCUUAACAAUGAGAUUAGUGUUCCUUUUGUUUGACUGUAGAUUAGAUUCUCGUUUAUUUUAAGAUAAUGACAAAGUUUAAUACAUUGUACGUGUGUACUGAUAUCAGUAAACCUAUCCUGUUUUUUUUAAAGACCACCAUUUUCUCAACAAGGCAGACUACCAAAUUCAUCCUCAAAUAAACUGCAGAAAAAAGGUCCAAGGUUUGGAAGAGGAAUUAAUAGCUUUCAGAUUGUUUUCCAAACUCCAUGAAGACUUUAAAAAUGUUUGGUAUUAUGUUGCAGAAAAUCCUGAAAUAAAUUUCUGUUUAAACUGAAGUUGGGAGGGGGCUUAUUUGCAGGCAUGUACCCCUCAGUUUUUAGUUUCUGAGGUAUGUCUAACUAUAACAGGGAGAUUAUUUGUUAGCUUUCAGUUUACUUGCUGAUAAAUACAUACUCUGUUAACUGACCACUUUUGAACAUAAACCUUUGGGUGAUCACCUAAGUUCAAGUUUGACUAGAACAGAAAUAAGAUUGGCUCAAUUUGGUCUGAGAAUUUGUUUUUCUAUUAUAAAUUUCUCAUUGUAAUGCCAAACAUUUUCAUACAAAUUUUCUAUCAUAUAUUUCCUUACUUUAAUAUAAACAGAUUGACAUAUAUCAAUAUACUUUGUAUAUCAUAUCCAAUAAGAUUAUAGUUUUAAGUUAGCCAAUAUAUACUCGCCAAUUAACAAACAUUUGCUCAUACAGAAAUAUGGUAACGCUAUCACAGGGGCCAGCCAAAUAUUGUAGUGGUAUUUACUGACUUGUAAUAAUGUCGGCAUAUAUCUAUGAAGGGUAAGGACCAUAGAAUCAAUGUGUGGCCCCUGUGUUCUACAGACAUAAGCAUUACACAGCAGUGUAUGCAACUUGGUCAAAUUAAUGGAUCAAUUGGGAAUUAUUCAAGACCGACCAACACAAGUAACCAGCCAUUUUUUCUCUACUUUGUCAAGAUCUUAUUGUACUGGAUAAACAACUGGGUUUACAUGUGUCAACAUAUGUUCGUAAAUGUUUCAUUUCAUUUUUUACAGAAUCAUAAUGCAUCUCUUUCUAGUGCCAAGUGAAAUGUGAUUAAAUAAUGAUUAAAACAGAAUUCAGCAUGGAGUUUUCAAGAGAUAUCUACUCCAGUAUCAUAUCAGAAAUGAGAGCUAGCAAGGUCCUUUGGGGGACAAUUUUAAUAUAUUUAGAUAAUUGAUUGAUAACUGAAGUGAAAUUAUUGAAUUUUGUGACUGUUUUAUAUGUGUAUCAGGAGUUUGUUGUGUCCUACCUGUUGCCUACAUAUCAAGAGCAUUCCUAUGACUUAUAACAAUAAAACAAUUAUCUUGUA